GUCGCUUUCUUUGUGUAGCGGAAUUUUCAUUUCCAGUCAUUCAAGGAGACGAACUUCCUGAUCGAUAGAAGGCAAACAUGUCACGUGCUACCUACAGUAUGCAACUGCCACUUCUACAAGUGUUCGGGUUGCUGGCUGUAAGCGCACUAGUGUUACUAUACGAAAUUGAAGCUUCUGAAUUAUACUGCAACGGAUUCAACAUCAGUAGCCAUUUGGAUCCGACGGAUUACAAAUCUGCUCGAUCAGUCUGCUCUCGGCAGCAGUUAACGCUGCUCAGGAUCAAAGAUCACAAUCGUUUGCGAAGGUCAACAUGUUACAGCAGUGUGCUAGAACCUUUCCAAUCUAGAGGCAUAGACGAUAUUUGGCUGGACAACUUACGUAGCAAGAGUGCUCUCCGCAUUUCCACCUACAACAGCAUGGUUGAGCCCACUGAUGAGCCUAAACCGUUCAUCUGUGCAAAAGAUUUUAAUGAAUGCAAAGAUGCGGAUAUUAGGCAAGUAGACCUGUGCCCAAAUGGAUACACGUGUGAGAAUACCAAAGGAAGCUACACAUGUGAAGAGAUAAACGAAUGCGAAGAGGCGGAAACUACCGGCAUAGACCUCUGUCCCAGUGGAUAUACGUGUAAGAAUACCAACGGUGGUUACCAAUGCGAAGGUUUAUGCGGCGGAUAUAACAUAAGUAUACAUACAAACAAACUGACUUACCGAGAGACCCGGGCUGUAUGUCAUGGGCAGGACUUACGGAGACUGAAGAUGAAAGAUCACAACCGGUUGAGAAAGUCCGAGUGCUACAACGGCGCACUGCAAUCUAUGCUAGAUGAAGGUAUAACAAAUAUUUGGCUGGACAACUAUCGGGAUAAAGAUGUUCUUAACAUUUCUACCCACAAUAGCACGGCUGAGCUAACUGACCAACCUAAACCCUUCAUUUGUGCCAAAGAUUUUGAUGAAUGUUCAAAUGGAGGCGCUAACCUGUGUCCGAAUGGAACUCGGUGUCAAAACCAGAAAGGCACUUACUCCUGCGAAGCGGCCGAGUGCCUUGAAACUACUAUUCCUAAUGGCGUAAUGCACAAGGUUGCACAUCUUGAGGCGGGCUAUCCUCUUUGCGAUAGCGGUUACAUGGCCAUUGGACAAGCCAGAUGUGUCUCGAAUGAAUGGCGAGAGUUCAAGACUCCAGAAGGUCUUCCGCUGUGUCAACAACUGAGCACUUGCCCAGGACCGGACGGUUCCAAGUACUUCAUUCACCGAGAACCAGAUAUGAAUCAAACUUACCACACUCAUUUCGAACGAUGUACAAUCGGUUUUGACAGUCGUUUGCCAGCGUCCAUGGACAUUCCUUGCCUGCAGCAAAUCCUCACCCAGUCUCUGGCAAACGAACCAGAGAAGGGCUUUCGAAGUAUAUUCUUGCAUGGUACAAACGCUGGCCAUGUCCUGAGCAUAGAUGAUGAUGGUGCAUUCACUGCAACUACUCUAUCCAGUGAUCAGAAGGACGAAUUCUUUCCUGGAGCAACACACAAAGUCUGCAUGCCAUUCUGCCAACAGACGGUAACUAACAGACAUCAUUACUUGGAUUGAGUCAAGGCAACUAUCGCCGCGAUAUAUCGCCGCGAUAUCGCAGCUGGCGGCGUUCGGGGUAUACCGGUACCAAGCCGCUGCUGGAUGGCUUUGAUUUUGGUUUAUAGAUGAUAGCAUGAUAGUUCUGUGUGUGCACUGUGCAGCAGUCUGGUCAUCUGAUAAGUCGAUAUAGAUCUGACAGGCAGAUAAUCCUGCCAUCGCGAUAUCUCCAAAACUAGCAAAUUUGCCAUAGCAACAUUUCACUGUGCAAAGUCUCCCACUUACACACCUUGUUGAAGGUCGAUUUACAAUUUUAAAUGCAUGUUCCGCAUCCAUGUUUUGGUCUUCGCGCAACACUGGGACACA